AUGGCAGAUCCGCCUGAUCAUGAGAAAGAAUUCGCCCCCACGGAUCCUGCAGCCGCACUUCAAGAUACAGCUCAUGAUGAACCACGAGAUGAAGAUGGAUCUGAUAGGGAAUACUUGGAAAGGCAUGGAGAACUAUCAACUCAGCAAAACUCCCUCGAGGUUGGAGAUGGCGAGAAGGAAUAUAUGGAAAUUUCGAGCCCAGACAAUGUGGACAGCCAUUCAUCCGAAGGUGGAAUCGAUCAAGAUAAAAGACCAAAAAUGAAGCAGGUUCAGAGCUAUGCUACAUCGAAUAGUGCGGUAACGAGAACAGAUUCGAACAUAGAUCAUCCCGUUGUCAAGAAAGCAUGGUACCAGAAGAUCAACCCAUUAAAAUGGGGCGCAAUUCCUCCCGUUCCAGAAGCCCGAAUACCAUCCAGGGAACACACAGCUUCUUUCUUGUCUUUAAUUUACUUCCAGUGGAUGGCACCCAUCAUGAAUGCUGGAUAUCGGCGGCAACUCGAGCAUAACGACAUAUGGACGGUGAACCCCAAUCGAAGCGUAGACCUAUUAUCGGAUAAAUUACAAGCAUCUUUCAAAAGAAGAGUGGCGAAUGGAGACAAUUAUCCUUUGAUAUGGGCGAUGCACGAAACAUUCAAAUUUGAGUUUUGGGUGGGGGGAGCAUGCCAAUUUAUAUCCAAUAUCCUCCAAGUCGUGUCACCUUUCACGCUACGAUACUUGAUUACAUUCGCCUCAGACGCAUACACAGCAGCACAGGAAGGUCUUCCGGCGCCACAUAUUGGAAGAGGAUUAGGACUUGUGUUUGGUAUUACCAUAAUGCAGAUGUUUCAAUCUCUGGGUACAAAUCAUUUUAUCUAUCGUGGAAUGAUGGUUGGAGGCCAAUCGAGAGCCGUUCUUAUUUCGGCCAUUUUCGAGAAAGCUAUGAAAAUCUCGGGACGGGCCAAGGCUGGAGGUCGUUCAAUCAAGAGCCAAGAAGAUGAAAAGGAUGCCCAGAAAGCUCAAGAUCUGGUCGAACAAGCUCAGAACAAGAAAGGCAAGAAGAGUUCCAAGGUAGUUGGUGCCAAAGGAGCACCAGAUGCCGGACGAGGCAUAGCAGGUGACGGUACAGGGUGGGCUAACGGAAGAGUGGUAAACCUGAUGUCAGUCGAUACGUACCGUGUUGACCAGGCAAGUGGCAUGUUCCACUUGAUUUGGACGGCCCCUAUCUCUUGCAUCAUCACCCUCAUACUCCUUCUCAUCAAUUUGACCUACAGUGCCCUUGCAGGUUUCGGACUCCUGGUCGUCGGUCUUCCAUUAUUAACUAAGGCUGUCAAGAGACUUUUCGUUAGACGAAAAGCUAUAAAUAAGAUCACCGAUCAAAGAGUCAGUCUCACACAAGAGAUUCUGCAGGCAGUUCGAUUUGUGAAGUUUUUCGGUUGGGAGACCGCAUUUCUAGACAGACUUGCUGCCAUCAGGAACAAAGAGAUUCGCUCCAUUCAGAUCUUAUUAGCGAUAAGAAAUGCCAUCAAUGCAGUUUCCAUGACUUUGCCUAUUUUUGCUUCUAUGCUAGCUUUCAUCACUUACAGCUUAACGAGUCACGGGCUAAGCCCAGCACGUGUAUUCUCGUCUCUCGCUUUGUUCAACUCACUAAGAUUGCCGCUGAAUCUAUUACCUAUGGUCAUUGGGCAGGUUAUUGAUGCUUGGUCGUCGAUUUAUCGAAUACAAGAAUAUUUACUCAGCGAAGAGCAAGUGGAUGAUGCUAAGCCAGACCACGGACUAGAGGGAGCAAUAGUUUUACAAGACGCCGACUUCACUUGGGAGCGAACAGCCACUCAAGAUCCCGAAAAGGCUGGACCACCUGGGAAGAAGCAGACGAAGACUGAGAACAAAAUUGAAAAGGCAGCCAAGAAGCAAGCGGUCAAAGAUGAGAAAGCCGCUGUCAAAUCUCGGCCAAGCUCUUCGCAAAACGGCGAAGGUACCCCUAUUGAUGAUGCUAGCACUGUCAAUGGAGAUCGAGAGCCAUUCAAUUUGCAAAAUAUGAACUUUACUAUCGGGAGAAACGAACUAGUAGCUGUUAUUGGUGGAGUUGGAAGUGGAAAGAGCUCUUUACUCGCAGCUCUCGCAGGGGACAUGCGAAAAACCAGGGGAGAGAUGACUAUGGGCGCUGAACGAGCCUUUUGUCCUCAAUACGCUUGGAUUCAGAAUGCGACCGUCCGAGACAAUAUCUUGUUUGGAAAAGACUUGAAAAAGUCAUGGUAUAAUAAAGUCAUUGAUGCUUGCGCCUUGAGGCCUGAUCUGGACAUGCUACCAAAUGGCGAUCAAACUGAGAUCGGUGAGAGGGGUAUCACUGUAUCCGGAGGCCAAAAACAACGAAUGAAUAUUGCACGAGCUAUUUACUUUGAUGCUGAUCUGAUUCUAAUGGAUGACCCAUUGAGUGCCGUCGAUGCACAUGUUGGUCGUCAUAUCUUUGACAAUGCAAUCAUGGGUUUACUAAAGGAUAAGGCUAGGAUUUUGGCCACUCAUCAGCUAUGGGUACUAAAUCGUUGUGACAGGAUCAUAUGGAUGGAAGAAGGCAAAAUUCAAGCGAUCGAUACAUUUAGCAACCUCAUGAAUGAACAUGUUGGUUUCCAACAACUCAUGGAGACAACUGCAGUCGAAGAACAACGAGAGCCAGAAGUCGAGGAAGAAGAGGUCGAAGAGGAGAAGAAAACCGAGAAAAAGAAGCAUAAAGCCCCAGCUUUGAUGCAAGCUGAGGAGAGAUCCGUCAAGAGUGUUUCGUGGACAGUAUACGCCGAUUAUGUGAGGGCUUCCGGUAGCCUCCUGAAUGCCCCGAUUAUCUUGUUGCUUCUUCUACUUUCGCAAGGUGCAAAUAUUGCCACUAGUUUAUGGCUUUCGUAUUGGACAAGCGAUAAAUUCGGAUACUCUAAUGCUGUGUAUAUUGCAGUGUACGCUGCGCUUGGUGCGAGUCAAGCUUUGCUGUUAUUCUUCUUUGCUCUAUCUCUUACAAUCUUAGGAACAGUUGCCAGUAAGGCAAUGCUUAGCAAAGCCAUUACAAAGGCACUCCGAGCACCUAUGUCAUUUUUUGACACAACUCCGCUAGGGCGCAUCACCAACCGAUUCUCAAGGGAUGUUGACGUUAUGGACAACAAUCUCACUGACGCCAUACGAAUGUACUUUCUAACCAUGGCCAUGAUUAUCUCGGUAUUUGCCUUGAUCAUCGCCUACUUCUAUUAUUUUGCUAUUGCGCUCGCGCCCCUAUUAGUCGUAUUUGUAUUUGCAGCCGGAUAUUAUCGAGCAUCGGCACGAGAGAUGAAACGUUUCGAAUCAGUCUUUCGAUCAAAUGUCUUUGCCAAGUUCAGUGAGGGGCUUUCGGGAACUGCUACUAUUCGAGCAUAUGGACUACAAGAUCGAUUUAUUACCGACUUGAGAAAGGCCAUUGAUGAGAUGGAUUCCGCUUAUUUUCUUACCUUCUCUAACCAGCGCUGGUUAUCGACUCGGCUUGAUAUUAUUGGAAAUCUACUGGUUUUCGUAACUGGCAUUCUAGUGAUCACUUCCAGAUUCUCCGUGGGACCAUCUAUUGCAGGAUUGGUGUUAUCUUACAUUCUCUCUAUUGUUCAGAUGAUUCAAUUCACUGUUCGCCAACUAGCAGAAGUUGAGAAUGGGAUGAAUGCUACAGAACGCAUUCAUUACUACGGCACGUCUUUGGAGGAGGAGGCACCACUGCAUACAAUCGAAGUCCGCCCAUCAUGGCCUGAAAGCGGCGAGAUUAUUUUUAAUGACGUCCAAAUGCGAUACAGGGAAAACCUCCCACUAGUUUUGUCUGGUCUAACAAUGCAUAUCAAAGGAGGCGAGCGUAUAGGAGUUGUUGGUCGUACAGGUGCCGGGAAAUCGAGUAUCAUGUCCACUCUCUUCCGACUUGUUGAAAUUUCGGGUGGUUCGAUCACUGUGGAUGGUGUGAAUAUCAGCAACAUUGGUCUUCAUGACCUUCGAUCUCGUCUUGCCAUUAUCCCACAAGAUCCCACACUGUUCAAAGGAACCAUCAGAAGUAAUCUGGAUCCAUUCGGCGAACACAGUGAUUUGGAACUAUGGUCCGCACUACGGCAAUCUGAUCUCGUGGCCUCGGACUCGAAUCUCGAAGAUGAAGUCACAGGACGUAUCCAUCUCGAUUCCAUAGUCGACGAUGAAGGGUUAAAUUACUCCCUAGGUCAAAGACAAUUGAUGGCUCUUGCACGCGCUCUUGUCCGUGGGUCGCAAAUCAUUGUUUGUGAUGAAGCUACUAGUUCCGUUGAUAUGGAAACCGAUGAGAAGAUUCAAAGAACUAUUCAAGAAGGGUUCAAGGGUAAGACGCUUUUGUGUAUUGCUCAUAGACUUAAGACGAUUAUUGGAUACGAUCGUAUUUGCGUGAUGGAUAAGGGCACAAUUGCGGAAUUAGAUGAGCCGGUUAGGUUAUGGGAGCAAGGGGGGAUUUUCAGGGCUAUGUGUGAUAGGAGUGGUAUUCGAAGAGAGGAUUUUGCCAGAGCGGCGAUCCCGACGGCUACAGUAACGGAGGGUUAG